GAUCAGGCCCGCCGAAGCCCCUGAAUUGCCCCGCAAGGGCGCCUCCAACGUCAAAAAUCGGUGGAAUCCCCCUUCCUGCCUUCAUCGUCCUAAUAAUGUUCGGCCCUUUCUUCCUCUCCUUCAUUUUCUUCAUGCUUUAUCACUAUCUGGUACAAAAACCGCGAGAUCAAAAGCAGUUGGCGGAUGAGGCGCGUAUAGAGGCUGGGAAACAGGAGGCCGAGUUGCAGCUUCAGCACCUGGUGGAGCAGAGGAAGGUAGAGCCUCGGGCACCGCCGGCUGCAAGGACGCGGGAGGGGGGGUUAGCGCUCUUUGAUGUAGCUAGCCCUGGUUACAGGAUUGACCUUGAUUGAAUUAUGCUCUUAGACUGCCAAUGGGAAAUGGUCAAUAGGAUGUGGGACACGUCUGAGGAGUGGAGCUUAUCAAAGCUGUCGCAGUAGAGCCAUCAGCAUAAAAGCAUUUCAGCGCGAGCUGCAGAUGCUAUUCCAAUUGUAGCUGAACCGAAAUAGAAUACAGUUGUCCCUUGAGACUUCCGGAUCGCUUAAGUGUCACAACAAACCUU